CCUUUUUCACCCGAUGGGAAAGGGCAGGCUGAUCCUGCUUUGCUGAGCUACUCUGCUUUGACUCAUGAGCUCUUGGGCUGGGUUCCUGCCCCUCUCCAUCAGGGGAUGGACACUCCACCGCUGGUCCAUCCCCUGAGCCAGGGGGAAUGUUUCAUGAAUGUAACUGACACUGAAAGGAAAAAAACCACCAAACUUUAAAACCUCCCAUCAAAGCACUUCAAGUUUAGGCACAUAAUUAUCUUCUCAAGAUUUGGCCUGAACUGAUCCCAGCCCACGCUCCUUCCUCUCACGCUGUCGUGACAGGAUUUCAGUCAGAAACACGCGGCUCUCUCUGACUGCAGACGCUCGAGAGGCGGCGGGAGCCCCCCGCCAGCCCCGCACCGCCGAGCCCCGGACUGCCAGCGCGUCCCCCGCACCGGAGAGGGCAGCGGGGAGGGCACCGGAGAGGGCGGCCGCCCACCGCGGGGAGGGCAUCGCGGCGGAGGGGCCGGGCCGGGCCGGGGGCGUUGCGGGGGUCGGGGCGGGCCCGGCCGCGGCUGGCGCGGCUCUGCCCGCUCCGCUCGCCGCGCUGCCGCUCCGGGGCCGCCGCUCGCCCGCCCGCACCCCCCGCCCGGCGGAGCGGGACGCGGAGGGCUCUCCCCGCCAUGGCUUUCACCUUCGCCGCCUUCUGCUACAUGCUGUCGCUGGUGCUGUGCGCCGCCCUCAUCUUCUUCGCCAUCUGGCAUAUAAUUGCCUUCGAUGAACUUCGGACAGACUUCAAGAGCCCCAUCGACCAGUGCAACCCGGCCCACGCAAGGGAGCGGCUGAGGAACAUUGAGCGGAUUUGCUUCCUCCUGCGAAAGCUGGUGCUGCCAGAGUACUCCAUCCACAGUCUUUUCUGCAUAAUGUUUUUAUGUGCUCAGGAGUGGCUCACACUGGGGUUAAAUGUUCCUUUGCUUUUUUAUCACUUCUGGAGGUAUUUUCGUUGCCCAGCGGACAGCUCAGAGCUGGCAUACGACCCACCUGCAGUCAUGAACGCAGAUACCUUGAGUUACUGCCAAAAAGAGGCCUGGUGCAAGCUGGCCUUCUACCUCCUCUCCUUCUUCUACUAUCUCUACUGCAUGAUCUACACUCUGGUGAGCUCCUAACUGAAAGAUCAUCACUAAAGACUGAGAACAACAAAGGCUGGAGCCGCAAGGAUGAGUGAACCAAGGGAUGCAUGAUUAAAAAAAGCAAAGAGGAAAAAUUUGAACAAGCAGUAAAUACAGUAAAUGAAAGAGAGAUCCAGCAAAGAGAAGCAGAACACCAUGGGAGAAUGGCUGAGUUAAUUGUUAAUCUUUCUCAAUGAAUUACAGCAAAUGAUUUCUAUACCCAAGCAAACAAAAAAAAAAUUUGCAACAACGUGGGCCAAAUCAUACAACUAUUCACCUCUCCAGGGAUAAUGCUGCUUGGUUUAGACGAUUCAUUAAAACUGUAAUGCCUAUAUAGUUGUCUUCCAAGAAGCAACAUUUCUUUUCUUAAGGACUAUUUUGGACUGAGGAAGCACAGGACAAGAUGAUCUUGCACAGAAAGAAGAGCUGUACAACACAUUCUGGAAACAACCACCGAGUGGACUUCAGAUAAGAUGUGUGACUGUCCUUCAGGGCUACUCUCAUGACACUAGUCAAACAGGGAUGUCAAACCUCAUGGAACUGCUUCAGUGGUUUUGGUUUGUUAGGGUUUUUCUCCAACCAAAACAACAAUAACAAAAGAAUUUGCUGCUUCAGUGUUCUGUAUUCUGACUAUAUGCUAUUCCUGUAGGUGAACAUCCAGUAUAUUUCUGUACUUCAUUUGUGAUGCUCCAAUACCAUGCAGUGAGAUGUAGAAAUACAUUGGGUUUAACCUAAUCAGGCCAAGCACUUACCAGAAUAGUGUUCCUCUGAUUGAAUAAAAAAACCAAACCAGGUGAAAGCUGCAUAUAAUUUAACAGGAUUGUAACGUAGCUAUUAUAUUCAUCACAAUGCUGGAUAGCGAAUACUGGACCAGCUAAUUGUGGUCUGUAAUUCUGUUUUGCAGUUUUACUUCUGCUGUAAAAUUUAAGCUGGAACAGAUACACAAAAUGUCUUUGUCUUGUAUGAGGUUCCUAUUGAAAGAUGUUCACUCUUUUAUAAUUUAAAGGUUUUAAAAUUUUGUCGUAGAAUUCUAAUUCGGAUUCAUUUAUAUGGGCUGCAUAUCUUUAUACAUAUAUAUGUAUAUACAAAUACAUAUCUACAUAAAUACUUGCAAUCUAUUUACCUUUUAGGUCGAUCUGUUUGACAGCUCACAGGCAUCAAGUGUCCAGAACUGCUGCUAAAUAUAUUUCUGUGCUGAUCCAGGUGAACCCAGACUCAUUCCCUCAAAGUCACUGGUGCUGUGGGUAGUAGCAGGGCUGUAAACUUGAGACUAAUACCAGAGCCUUCACAGACAGUGCUUGACUCUUGCAUUGGGAAUGGGCUAAUAAGGUGGGUUUCUACCAGAGGUAGGCAGAGAACAGCGUGGAGAGGCCCAUCUGUCCCCUGGCUUGUUCACAGCUGGUCCUGUUAGCACGAGCUCACUGCUCAGGACAUUUGGUCUGGCUGUUGGGAGCCCGUAGACUGAUCCUGUACCAAGCUCUGAGGUGUUUUUAGGCUGGGCAUAGCAUUCAGCAGGAGAGAUGCAGUCCCACAAUGGCUGCUGAGUCAUCCCAUGUCUGGCAUGUUCCAUAUGGAGCUGGAGUUCCUGUGUGCCUGCAUUGCCAGGGCUCACUCUGGUUUGGUCUGGCUAUGUUAUCAAAAUUAAAUCCUGCUAACCAGCAAAGCAUGGUGGCUGCUUGCUAAGUCUCUGCUCCUGACCAUGCCAGCUCCCAAAUCCUGCCUGAGUGUUGCUUGCAAUGGGGCUAGCUGGCCAGUGCAAGUAUUGUACUGGGGUCUUUCUAACAACAUUUAUAUGAAGUUGUCACAAGGGCUGACAUGCUUUCAUUUACAAUCAUUUCAUUCUUUUAAUUGUCAGUAGUUUUUACUGGAUGCAUUUUAUCUUCAUACAGUGUAGUAUACCCAGUUAUAGAAGCAUAAGGCUGCCAAAUCAGAUGCUAGGAACCUGGUUUGGACUCUGAUGGCUCAUAGGUUUGGAUUGCACACACCACAGAGGUGGCUGAACUGCUCCUGAAAUCACACUGACUCCGCAGGCAAUACAGAUAUGUUCUUUUGGACUGAGCCUGAGCUAAGAAACUUCACUGGAUCAUUUCAGAGCUAACUGAUAAAGCUCUGCUGCAGUGGUAUAAUUAAUGCACAACCCUUGAAAAGCUGAUGAUUGUGUGUAACUGAAUUCCUUCUCUGCAUCCUAACUAAAGCAUCCAGUUCUACAGCAGUAUAGGAACUAGAUUCACAGGAACAAAUCACAGUGAAUAACUUCUAGAUAUCUGUCUACCUCAUAAAACUUUCAUCUCUGAGCAGAUCACUGAAUCUUUCCAUGCAUCUUCCAGGAUUUCAUAGAGGAUGAAAAGAAAUUAAUUCAGGUUCCCUAUAUUCCAAAUACAUGCUUUAAAGUCAAUUUCACUGAAAGGCUUGGAAUUUUGUCAGGUUGGAUGGAUAAAAGUAUGAUCACUUCUUGCCUGAAAACAGUUUUCAAAUCUUGAGGUUUAGGGGUCAGCUGGACUGCUAGCAGGUCAGUUGUUUGCCUGCAGGGCUGAGUAGAAGCUCUGCAGUGGUUUUUGCAACUGGCAUUGGCCUGAAAUUCUUGAUUUUGCACAAAAGGCAAUUCUGUAGGGGGGUCCUCUGAAUGUAACCUCAGAGGGCUUCAAGGACUGGAGUGGAUAUGCUUGGUCACUUGAAAGAGGUUCUCUACUUCAGGCAACUUCAUCAAUACACGUCCCAAACUCCACUGGAAAGCAGAACACUUCAUUUGAUCCUACUACUGCUCUGAGCGAGCGUUUCCAGGAUUUCUCUGCUCUGGCACUAGAAAGUUAUUUUUCGCAUUUCCAGAGUAAAUUUAUUCUUAGAUAAUUUAUUCCACUUGCUUUUGAGCCAACAUUAGCCUGCAUACACUUUCUCUCAUGCUGCUUAAGAUUCAUAUAUAUAUAUAUAUUAAGAUUUAUAUAGAGGAAGAAGCCCUUUUCACCCUCCAUUCUGUUAAAAGUGUGCUGUCUUAUGUCCUCCCAUAGAAAAUUCUAUUCUCCAUGUCUUCUUUAAAGGGUUUCUCUGUUGUUUUUCCAGUCAAAUUAAUCUUUCUUCAGAGUGGAUAAUCACAGCUGUUCAGAGUAUUCUCUUACUCUAAUUGGUCCUUGGUGUGAAUGGACAAGGAAAGCUAAUAGUCUCAGUUCUUUCCAAUAAUACAGCAAUCACACAGCUCUCAAUAGCAUUUUGUCUCUCUUCAAGAUAAAUCUUAAAGCUGAUGGGAAAAGUGAUUAAUAUUAGGAAACUUUCCCUUUCAUUGAGUUUAGUUUGCAGGGCCAGGAGUUGGGCUCGAUGGUCCUUGUGGGUCCCUUCCAGCUCAGGAGAUUCUGUGAUUCUGCUUUAACCAAAGCAAGGGCAGUAAACUGCCUAGUUGUUGCUGAAAAAUAGAAAAGAAUACUGUGAUCUCUGGUCACAAGGAAGUGUCUUCCCCAUGUCACACUUUUGAGGGAGAAAUAAUCUAUGUUAUCUAUGUUAUCCCUUUUUGUCUCCAGUUCCUCCUUGUUGCUUAGUGGAGGCUGGAGAUUUCCUGUGCAAGCCUACUUUCUUCCUGUCUCUUUUCCUAGAAGGGUGAAUGUCGUUAUUUUGGAGCAGAGUUCUCUUUUCUCACUUGUCUGAUGGUACAGAUAAAUCCCAGAAGACACAAGAAAACACAUGGCCCUUUGCUCCUUCAGGAGCAGGUGUGAAAUGAGCACGUUCUUAAAUGAGCACGUUCAUUUUCCUCAGCAGCACCAUCUGUGAAGUGAAAGAGGUGAUACUUACCUUGUGAACUCUUCCUAUACAUGUUGUACUAUUUUUUUCUUUUCUUUUAUUUUUUUUCCAGUAACUGUUGAGUCUGCUUAAAGGAAAAAGGUAAGAGGUGGAAAAAAGAUGGGAGAGGAUGAGAUCUGCAUGAGCUGCUUACCAAAGAGGCAUCUACACAGUGUGCUGGCCCUUAGCUGCCUGCUCCUGGAAGGGAUGAAAGGCAAGGUCUCCUAUUUAUAGUCAGGUAAUUGCAGUGAUGCUGAAUAAAAUUGUUGCUGCUCUGACUGUUUCAGUUUCAAGUACAGCAAAUCAGUGCUGAUAGCAGAAUGCUUCGCCUACAAAUAAUUAACUGUACUUAAGCUGUCAGAAAUGUUUUUCCAUCUGCUUCCUUGAGCCAUAGUCUUCCUUUUGCACUAAACCCCUGAAAGAGAAAGAAAAACUUCUUCAACCUACACCUUACAGAAACUGCUCUGAGGUUGUUAUGAUCUGGCACUGCUGUUGGGGUCAUGAGUAAUCCUACAUUAUUAGCAAGGGUAUUAGCAAUCUACUGCUUUUCCUUUCUCCAUUCCAUCUCCACACAGAUAUUUUCACCAAAAAAAUUUAAAAUGACAGCACAUGAUCCAAAAUCCUUGAAUUUACUGGAGGUUGUUUGUUUCCAAUAGCAAACAAACAAAAUGUUUCCAUUUAAUUCCCAUUCCUCUAGAGCUACAUGGAGAAUAAGUUCACAUUGGAAAGGUCUCUGGAUUUUUGUUGGUAGGGAUUCCAUCCUUUAGAUCUUGAUACCACAUCCAUUUAACUAAAUUAUUUUAAUGGAAAGGGAACCUGCAUUUUUGAGAGAUAAAAGUAUCAUUUCAAUGCUCAUGCCAAACUUCCACAGAAAGUCAUACCAACUUGGUAAAAAUCUGGCUACAUGGAAGUUGAUGGAAAUCACACCUUUUGUUUCAUGUGAGCCUCACUUAACACUGCACAAUUUCUACAAGAGGUUGGUGGAAAUUAAAAAUAGAAAAAAACCAAAAAAAUACAGUAAGUUUAGUUCAUUGAAAAUACUAUUGCAUGUUAGAUAAAGCUUGUGUUGCAACAAAUAGAAUAGGAGAUGAAAAGGUCAAAAUAAACUGGGAGUUGGGUUUUUUAUUCUUUGGGAAUCAACAAAUAUUAGGCUGCCAUCCAUGCUGCACUGAACUUUACAUUGGUGAUCUCAGUCCAGAUUCCUGCUCUGGUGAGCUUUUUGAUCAUCCAUUGCUCAUGAACACAUUGUUCUGAUUUAUUUUUGUUAUGCUCAGUAACACAGUUGUAGGUGGGAAGGACGGAAAAUUCUCCCAUGAAAUAUGAUAUUCCCCUUCUUGUCUCCCAGAAAACAUGUGAACAUUCUGUAACAAAAUUCUGAUGAUGUGUUUCAGUGGUACACCUCAACCAAAGAAUGAAGUUCUUUGCUGCAGACAAUAUUCUGAUGCAAUUUAAUAAACCACAGGUCUAGAAAUAUUUUUUAGUGCUUUCACACUUGAAGUAGUUAUUUUAUUAUCUCUAAUUGCUGGCCAACUUCCCAUGUAAGACAAAAUAUUUUUCUGUUGCCCAACUCCAUGACUCCCUGUGUAGGCAAACUCUCAGUAAAACUCUGAGGAAUCUAAAGUGCUUUUUAAUUUUUUUUUCUAAUAAUGAGACAUCAUACUUGAGUAAUAUGUUAUGGCAGUGGAAUAAAGCAUUAAAAGCCAAAAUAUCUUGUUUAUUCUAAAUCUCAAAGAGAUGUUGCUCCUUUUUCUUAUAAAUUAUCCCUAAUAUCACCAGUCUCCUGACAGACCUGAAGAAAUCUGUCCCACUGUUCUGACAGUUUCAGUCUUCUUAAAUAGAUUUGCAGCCACUGGUCAUUAGUGUGAAACACUGACUGGAAAGAACAACUGUUACAGACCACCUCAAGAUUUAUGGAAACAAAUAACACAGAAGUCAUCCAGUCUUAUGGAAUAGCUCUCACCUGUGCAUAGUAAUGUAAAGUACCAAGCACUUAACAGUACAAGUAAUACAUAGUGCAAGUCUUGCAGAACAAGCAAAGCAGGAUUUUUCUCUGUGUUCUGUGAGCUCUUGUGAGAUGAGUCAUUUCUCUCUCUGAGUAGUGCCUGGUACUGCACAGCUGAAACUGGGAAUUACAUGUCUAGAUGUUAUUAUAAUCCUACAUAACGAAUACUUUUUCUCACAGGAGGAAACUAUGGAGUUCAGUGGAAUUAUCAAAAUGCAUUUAUUGCACUGCCACCAAGGUGGGUACCUGACCUAGGCUGUUGCUGUGCCUUAGGCCCUGCUGACAAACUGAAGUGUGCUUCAGCCUCUGAAUGCAUGUGUGCUGUAAUUUGAUGCUGCCAGAAAGCACUAAAACGUAAAGAACAGUGAUCAAAAUUGCUCCCCAUUUCAGUUUUUUGCACCCUUCUAAUUCGUUUUGGCUUUACCCAUUUAUCCUCCUCCUUUAUCAUGCAGUGGUUCCUGUUUCACUCACCUUUCAGUGCUGCAUUUAAAGAAAAUCCAGUGCAAGCUCCGACUAAAACAGUGGCACUGGUUCUAAUACAAAUCCUUCAUCUGCUUGUGGGCAUUUAUUGGAGAAUAAAUUUAUCCUAGUUUGGUUGUAACUAGGUACAAAUGGAAAUUAGCUAUUAUGAUAGACAUUGUUUUCA